AUGGGUUCAAUACAACAAGAUGAUCACAAUCAGAAACACUACGGCAAUGAGUCAGGUGACUCAAUGGCAACCCGGUUAAACUACAACGGGGUCCAGUUGUUUGAGGUCGCGGGCCUUGCAUCCGAUGAGGCCUCGAGUUUGACCGGCAUGAGGGACGAAAUUGUACUUUUAUCGUGGCUCAUUGUGCUCCUGCGGACACGAGACGGUGUCCAGAUCCGCUAUGACUGGGCAUAUACGCGUCCAGAAGAGGAGCCGAUACCCAGAUGUCUGGCCAUGAAUGAAGUAGUGGCCGGGUUACAAAGUAGUGUCAAGGAGACUACAGCAGCUGUCUCUCGCUAUAUUGUUACAUAUGGACAGAAUCAGUCGGUGCCAGCAACUCUCCUUCUGAGCACUAGCUCCCUUUCCCAGACCUCAGAGGAAGCAAAAGAUGAAGGGUUACUUCAUCUGGAAGUCUCUUUCGAGAACGGCUUGCUCCAGAUUCGUCCGACAUGGCACUCUGAGAAUAUGUUGCCAUUUACAGUGAUGCGAUACGUCAGGACUCUCGUCGACAUGGUGAAGCUGUGCAUCUCUAAUCCUGAUGCGUCCAUCCAAGACUGCCUUCGGCCGACCACAUAUGACCUCGACGAGAUAUGGCGCUGGAAUCACGACCUGCCACCAACGUACAAUUUCUGCAUGCAGGAGAUGAUCUCCAAGCAGGCUCAGAAGUUCCCUGAUAAAGAAGCAAUCGCAUCCUGGGACGGCAGCCUGACAUACCGCCAGAUUGAUCAGUAUUCCACAUUCGUCGCGCGCUCGCUCAAGGAUAUGGGAGUCCAGCUGCCUGACGUCCUACCUGUCUGCUUUGAGAAAUCCAGAUGGACCGUCGUCGCAGUUCUCGCGGUCAUGAAAGCCGGUGCGACGUUUGUACUAAUGGACCCGACCCUGCCGCUUGCACGACUGCAGAACAUGGCUCAACAGGUCGGCGCGCAGAUGAUGAUCUCAUCUCGGGACCAGCACGACUUGGCGACGAAGAUCAUACCCAAUGCGAAGGUGUUCGUCGUGGAGGAGAACACAUUCAGCAGUCUGCCCGCUAUACAAAACAUCGUACCACUACAAACCGUUCCCUCGUCCGCCCUGAUGUACAUCAUCUUUACGUCCGGCAGUACAGGUACUCCGAAAGGGGUCAAAGUCUCGCACGCAACCUACACUAGUAGUGCCAUUCCCAGAGCCGAGGCCGUCGGCUACAUGGAGGAUUCGCGCGUUCUUGACUUUGCCUCCUACGCCUUCGACGUCAGCAUCGACAGUAUGCUUCUGACACUGGGCAACGGCGGCUGUCUGUGCAUUCCAUCCGACGAAGACCGCCUGAACGACAUCAACGGCGUAAUCCGCCGGAUGAAAGUCGACUAUGCGGGUCUGACGCCUUCAGUAGCCCGCAUUCUAGACGCGGAUGUGAUAUCCUCGCUCAGUGGCCUUGGCCUUGGAGGAGAGACUGUCUCAGUGAGAGAUGUCACGCUUUGGGGUCAGGACACCAGGAUUAUUAUCGGCUAUGGUCCCUGCGAAUGCACGAUCGGGUGUACAGUAAACAGUAGCGCGGCAACGGGCAGAGACUAUAUCUCCAUUGGCCCCGGUAAUGGGGCAGUCAUCUGGAUAGUCGACCCUAAUGACUAUGAAUCUCUUGUACCCGUCGGCGCGGUAGGAGAGCUGCUGGUCGAAGGUCCCAUAGUGGGACAGGGUUAUCUGAAAGACCCGGAGAAAACCGCAGCAGCGUUUAUUGAGGAUCCCUCGUGGCUGAUUGCGGGUCACAAUGGCUACCCCGGUCGUCGGGGCCGUCUGUACAAGACCGGUGAUCUGGGUAGGUAUGACCCGGAUGGGUCAGGGGGUAUUAUCUUUGUGGGACGGAAGGAUACCCAAGUCAAGUUGCGUGGACAACGAGUCGAGCUCGGAGAGAUCGAAAGCCAAUUGAGAGCUAGACUGCCUUCGGAGACGACCGUCAUUGCCGAGGUGAUUGUACCUCAGGGAACGAGGGGACAGCCGAUGUUGGUGGCAUUUGUUGCGCCACAGACGACCAAAGGGCAUGACAAUACCGAACUCGACGCGGCAGCGCUUCCUGAUGAGCUGCAAAGGGCGCUGUCAGAAGCCGAUGCGGAGCUAGCAAAUGUUUUGCCUCGAUACAUGGUGCCCACUGCGUAUAUCCCUGUCAACCACAUUCCUACAUUGAUAUCCGGCAAAACAGACCGCAAGAGACUGAGGCAGUUCGGCGCCGCCGUCGACCUGCGUCAGCUGGACCAGGGAGGGACAAACACCACAACCCGAGAGCUGAGUGAUCUAGAGCGACGCUUGCGACAGGCCUGGAGCCAGACAUUGAAGCUCCAAGCCGAUUCUAUCCGUCUCCAAGACAACUUCUUCAGUCUGGGUGGAGACUCCCUCACAGCCAUGAAACUGGUCUCUGUGUGUCGGUCUCACGGUCUUGACCUCAGUGUCACUAGCAUGUUUAGCAACCCGACCCUCUUAGCCAUGGCCAGCGUUGUUCGCAUUUGCGAUGUCGACGUGCAAGCGGAAAUCCCGGCAUUCUCAAUGAUCACGUCAGAUGUCGACAGCGCCUGCGUGGAAGCAGCAGAGGCAUGCGGAGUUAGCCCAGCAGAUAUCGAGGACAUCUACCCUUGUACGCCCACACAGGAGUCUCUUUUUACUUUCUCGCUUAAAUCAGUCAAGCCAUACGUGGCACAGAGAGUCUUGUGUAUCCCGUCGCAUAUUGAUCUCGACGCCUGGCGAAAGGCAUGGCAGGAAGUGGUCACCUCACUCCCCAUUCUACGGACACGAGUGGCCCAAUUGCAAGAGCCUGGCCUUCAGCAGGUUGUACUCAAGGGCGACGUUUCCUGGUUGCAAGCCUCUAGUCUGUUGGAAUACCUAGAGGAGGACCGAAAGGAAAGGAUGAAUCUCGGAGAGAGUUUGGCUCGUUACGCCAUCGUUGAUGACUCAACAGACGGCAAACGAUACAUGGUUUGGACUAUCCACCACGUCGUUUACGAUGGAUGGUCCGAGCCGAUCAUCCUCAAGCAGGUCAGCGACGCCCUGAAAGGGCAGCCUGUCGAGAUAAAGACGCAGAUGCGAGACUUUGUCAAAUAUGUGCGCGACUCGGACGACGCCGCAAUGCAGGAAUUCUGGCGACUGGAGCUGAAAGGGGCUGUCGGUCCUCAAUUCCCGCGUCUACCUUUGAGAGACUUCAUGCCUACCCCGGACGCCCUAAUCGAGCAUCAAGUCUCCAUCGAUACCGGUGCCGGAUCACCGUUCACCAUGGCCACAUUAAUCCGCGGCGCCUGGGCGCUCGUAGCUUCCCAGUACACUGGCAGUGACGAUAUCGUGUUCGGCGAGACCCUCACAGGUCGCGAUAUCCCACUACCUGGAGUCGAAGGCAUCGUUGGACCAUUAAUUGCAACGGUCCCCAUCCGGGUGCGCGUCCACCGGGCGAGCACCGUGGAAACCUACCUUCAAGCCGUGCAGCAGAGUGUCUUGGCCCGCACCCCUUACCAGCACAUGGGCAUGCAAAACAUCCGCAAGGUCAGCCAAGACGCGCAACACGCCUGUGAAACUGGCACGGGUUUGGUCAUUCAGCCUGAACCAGAGUACGUCGGCAGCGAGCUCGGCGUUCAGAGCGGGGACGUCGUCCUGGAAGCGCUGCAUUUCAACCCGUAUCCACUGAUGCUGGCUUGCGGGAUUCGCAAGGGUGGCUUCCGGGUUUGCGCGAGCUUUGAUAGCAGCUUGAUUGAGAUCAAGCAGAUGGAACGGAUGCUCGCGCAGCUUGAGACCGCUUGCUUACAGUUGAGUAAAGGUCUUUCCCGCAGGGUUGACGAGAUCUCCUGUCUCCCCGUGGCGGAGCUGAACCAGAUCUGGGAAUGGAAUCGGAUCCCACCUUUGGGCGUGGACGAAACAUGUUCCAGGCUCCGUGCUGAUGCAAGCAUCAAGUCUGGUUUAGUAUAUCCUCCCGCGGUUGUUCCUUGGGUCUGCAACUCGCGAAACCCUUCACUCCUCUCGCCCAUCGGCAGUGUCGGUGAGCUCUGGCUUGAAGGAGCCCUUCUUUCCGGUGACACGAUUGAUUCUCCUACCUGGCUUGUGGCCGGGAGCUCUAUCUGCCCCGGCCGAAGAGGCAAACUGCAAGCAACCGGCGACAUGGUUCAGUUGCGAGAAGACGGCAGUUUAGUGUUCGUUGGGCGCAAGGAGAAUGUUGUUCCUGUUCACGGGCAUGCAGUGGAUAUUACAGAGAUUGAAAGGCACAUCGCAGGACGUCUUGCACCAACAAUUCGUGCCGCUGCUGCUGUAUCGCAAUCAUCGUCUGACCAGGAGCUGGUUUUGUUCAUUGAGCAACCAGCUGGCGAGGAAGUCUGGGUUGAGCUGCUGUCGGAGAAGCAUGAGAUAGCGUCCGACUCAUCAGGACAAGCCUUUCAGACCACAAUUUGCGCGAUGAUUCCUCGCAGUCUUGCUGUAGCGUUGAAGAAGCUCGACAAGUACAUGCGAGAUUCGCUGCCGUCGUAUAUGGUUCCGUCCGCCUACAUCGUGGUAGGCAAGCUGCCUACUGUGAUGAGCCAUGUCGACCACCGCGUGCUCAAUCAAAUCGCCUCUCAGAUCCCUCCACAAAUCAUUAAUCACGUCCGUGAUGGUUUGAGAGAAGCAUGGACCAAGACUACGAUGCAAAGCCAUCUCUCAGCUUCAGAAAGUAUUCUGCGGUCUGCAUGGGCCAAAGUGCUUCGUAUCGAUCAGGAGCAGAUCGACGUAGACGACAACUUCUUCCGGCUCGGUGGGGAUUCAGUUCUUGCAAUGAAGCUCGUGUCGGCUCUCCGCGCGCAAGGCCACAGUUUGUCCGUGGCUGAUAUCUUCCGGCACAUGCGUCUCGGUGACGCUGCGAGAGUGUUGAAGGUGGAUCAACGCUCAAAAGAGAAGGUCAACAUGUACCAGCCGUUUUCGACGCUCCGUCUUGCGGACGUUCGGCAGUUCCUGUCUGAGACUGUUCGACCUCAGCUUGAUGACCCAAGCUGGCCCAUUCGAGAUGUGUUGCCGGUGACCGACUCCCAGGCUCUGGAUAUCCGAGCAACCAUCCAGCCGCCAAGGACGUCUAUCCAGUAUACAAUGCUGUACUUUGACGGCAGCGUUGACAGCGAGCGGUUGUUACGUGCGUGCAGCGACCUGAUUAAGACGCACGAGAUUCUCCGCACCGUCUUCAUCGCACAUGAAUCCAGCUUCUUGCAGGUCGUCCUGAAUGAGUUGGAAAUUCCCGUGCGCACGCACAAGGCUGACAAGGAGCUUGAUCAAUACGUCGCCGACCUCUGCAGGGAGGACAUCGAAUCCAACUUCCAGCUAGGAUCUCCGUUCCUCAGACUUUCCCACGUCGAAGGAAACAAUGGCGAAGCCUGCCUUAUCAUCGGCCUAUCCCACGCCCAAUACGACGGUGUCUCCCUGCCCAAACUCCUUCAAGACCUGGACUCCCUGUACACCGGCAUCCAGCUGGCCAUCUUCUCCCCGUUCUCCUCGUACAUAUCCCAAAUCAGUGAAGAGGCCAUGCAAAGCAAAGCAACGACCUACUGGCGCAAUCUCCUCUCCAACUCCUCCCUUUCGAUCCUUGACGGACACUCGUCCAUCACAACUGAUAAAGCAAUCUUCCACACCCUAUCCACCAACAUCCACCCCCUCAAGGAAAUCACCACCGCAAACCUCCUCACAGCAGCAUGGGCGCUGCUCCUCGCUCGCCGACUCAGAACAUCAGAUGUCACCUUCGGCGGCGUCACCUCCGGCCGCACCCUCGACAUCCCCAACGCCGAGAACAUUAUGGGACCCUGCUACCAGCUCACCCCCAUCCGGGUCCCCUUCCAGCCCGACUGGACCGCAACGGACUUGCUCCACUUCGUCCAGACGCAGUCUGCCGAGUCAGGGGCGCAUGACUUCCUGGGCUUUGAGAAGAUCGCUAAGCUGGCGGGGUGGGCUCCCGGACUGAAAGGGUUUCAUUCGAUUGUGCAUCACCAGGACUGGGAGGAUUUUGAUAGAAUGCCGUUUGGUGGGGGCUCUUGUCGGGUGGAAAUUGCGAAUCCGCAUGGGGAUGCAGCGUAUCCGGUCAAGGCUGUUUCGUUUGUGAAGGGGGGAGAGAUCCAUGUUGGUGUGGUUGGGAGUGAGAGGGAUGUGGUGUUUGUGGAUGAGGUUUUGGGGGAGUUGGUUGCUGCAGUUGAGGAGUUGGCUGAACAGAGUGAAAAGAUCUUGCUUGAUACGAUGUUGUUUUAG